AAACACGUGUCUAAUAAUUAGACUAUGAAUGAAAAAAGGACUAAACUGAACCCAAUUGAAAAUAACAUAACCCUUACCGUCUCGGUCUCGGUCGCCGUCGCCAUCGCCAUCGCCAUCGCCGGUUUCUCCACAAAAGGUCAUAUAAAAUGUAUUUGAAAUCUCAAUUGUCAUGGAACGUGAUAAUCCCUGCUGAGAACCUUGAUGUUGAAGGUUUAAUGCUUCAGAAGGCAAUUGUUAUUCGCCUCCUGGAUGACUUUGCUUCCAAGAAGGCCUCCAAAAAUCUUGGUUACUUUAUGGCUCUUACUACAUUGGAGAGGAUUGGGGAAGGGAAAGUUCGAGAACACACUGGUGAUGUGCUUUUCCCUGUAGAAUUCAGCUGCAUUACCUUCAAGAUAUUCCGUGGAGAGAUUUUGGAAGGGGUUGUUGACAAGAUCUUGAAGCACGGUGUCUUCUUGAGAUGUGGCCCCACCGACAAGGUAUACCUCUCUCAUCAGAAGAUGGCUGAUUAUAAGUAUGUGCCUGGAGAAAAUCCCAUCUUUAUGAAUGAGAAGAUGUCAAGAAUUGAGAAAGACACCGUGGUGCGUUUCAUUGUGGUUGGAGCAAGGUAUGUGGAGGCAGAGAAGGAAUUCCAGGCAGUUGUGAGCUUGGAGGGUGAUUACCUCGGACCCAUCUCACAAAAUGCUACUUAGAUUUCAGUUAUUCACCAUGGUUGGUUCAUUUCAGACAUAUGUAAAGCUAACUUCUGUAGCUAUAUCUGUAUUUAGUGCUGUUUUGACUUUUUUGUUGUUGUUGUUGACCCUCUGUUUAGUGUCUUUGGUUGCUUAAGCCCUCAAGUGGUCAUGUUCUUCGCAGAUACAUUUACUUGUUAAGGUGAUAAACCUUUCCACGAAAUACCUUUCCGAAGUGUCUAGUUCUCUUGACUGAUUUCUUUCUAUGUGAACUUUUUAUUAUGUAUUGAAAAUGUUAUGAUCAGUAGUUCAAUGAUAGAAAUUUUGGUG